GGGGGGGCGGGGCCUGCGGCUGGGCGGCCGUUGAACGGCCCUUCUCCCUCACGGAGCCACGGGCGGUGUCUGCAGCCUCCGGGAGGACGAGGAACUAGUCUAAAUGCAGUAAACUGGAAGAAAUGGAAGAAAGAAAAAUCAAGAGGAGGAGCCCCAAAUCAUCUACCAGCCACCCCGCUCAGGUUGCGAAUUCCAAGAAAAGCUCGGUGCCAGUCAGUAAAAGCACAGCCUUUUCAAAUCCCGCUGCACCACAGCCUGCGGUACAAAAACCAAAGCUAAAACGUGUAAUAAAAGAGAAAGCCAAACCUCCAGGAGGGGAAGCGAAGGGGGCACAGGCAGCACCCAUCCAACAUUCUUUUCUCACCGAUGUCUCAGAUGUCCAGGAAAUGGAGAGGGGACUUCUGAGUCUCCUGAACGACUUCCACUCCGGCAAACUUCAAGCAUUUGGAAACGAAUGUUCCAUAGAGCAGAUGGAGCACGUGCGGAGUAUGCAGGAGAAACUUGCUCGCCUCAACCUGGAGCUCUACGGGGAGCUGGAAGAACUUCCUGAAGAUAAAAGGAAACUGGCCAGUGACUCCAACCUGGACAGACUUCUGUCAGAUCUAGAAGAACUGAAUUCAUCUAUCCAAAAACUGCAUUUAGCAGAUGCUCAAGAUAUUCCAAAUAGUGCCACGGGCUGAAAGAACAGCUCUGUCAGUAACUUCUCCCCAUCAGCUCUAUGGCCUUGUUUCCCUGCAGAGUUCUGACCAUCAAGCAAAAAAGCAGCAGUUUUAGCCUCACGUCUCAAGGUGUGUCGAGGUGUGACAGUGGCUGAAGCACAAGUAAAUAACACAUUGGUGUAAUUCAAGAUAUGGACAUAAACACCUUUCUCCAGCAGCUGUUCAGAAUUAUAUAGAAUUAGCACCUUUUUCUUCAACUAUCUAAAGCCCACAGGCAAUUGCAAGUCACCAAGAAUGCAGUAAUUGCAAGUAAUUAAAUUAAGACUCUCUUAUCUCCUCCUGCAUACACAUUUGCAUCUUUUAAACAAUCCAUUAAUAGCACACGCCCAUUAUCUUUUGGAUUCAUACAAGAAAAUUUUGUAGCAAGAUCUUAAAGACUAAUAAAUAAAACACCAGUCACAAUUCUAGGCUCUUGCAGGAAAAGAAGAAAAUCUACCGUGACACAUUUGUGGAGAGCCUUUUGUAAUUAUAAAAGUACUAAGUGGCUGCAUAAAAUGAGUUCCUUUCCCGUUACCUUGUUUCCUGAAGGGUUGUUUAUGGAGCUAAAAGUGUAUUAAUUGUGAAUGUUUCCUGGCCUGAACUCACACUGAUACAUGGAUCUGGUGUUUGAAGGACGAUGCGCUUUCCUGCCUCACUGCUCUGGAUCACCCCACGCCGAGAGACAUCUGUGGAACCUCAAUGAACCACAAAAAAGAAAAUAAAAAGUCAGGAUGAAAAGCUAAAGGAAAAAAAAGUGUCUCAGGAGGAUUUGGGAGAAAGGCGGCCAGUGGGGCGAGGGAGGUGACUCUGUCCCUCUGUUCCACUCUAGUGAGGCCCCACCUGGAGCACUGUGUCCAGCUCUGGAGUCCUCAGCACAGGAAGGACAUGGACAUGUUGGACAGGGCCCAGUGAAGGGCCAUGAAGAUGCUCAGAG